GUAUAACACUUGUAUACUUCUAAACAUGAUAUUAUUUCGUUCCUGAUACGAUGAUUUAGAUAGUAGUGGAACUGGAAAUCAAUUGCAGCUUAUAUAAAUUAGUUCAGGGUGAAUGAUGUUUUCAGACAAGAAGUACUUCCUGUGGACAUUGCUAGUAUUGAGUGGAUAUCGAAUCUCAAGUGGACAAUUCCAUCCGGAGUUCUGUACCCCACUUCCAGGAAAUUUAACAAAAGGGCCUGUUCUACCUACCCUGAGUAACCAGUAUUACACCACUGCGGAAUGGCGUCAGAUGAGUUCCGAAAAGUCUGUGUACAUACAGGAGUACUUUGAUGAGCCUGGACAAAGGGCAGUGGUCAAAGCGACUGGGCUGUAUGACCCGGGAGACACUGUGAUAAACAUGAAUUAUUAUAACACAAAGGAGAGACUCUACAUUCAAGGGGGUUCGUGUACAGCAGAUCAAUUGGAUACCGAAGGUUUUUUUGGAUUUCCCUAUACCGAGCAGAACAAGACAGCACAUUUGCUGAAUGCUAAUGACGCGCUCGAGUUCGGCCGAAUGUUUAACGAAACUUAUCUCGGAACUGACACCAUACGUGACAUUCCCGUCUACCAUUGGAGGAGCUGUGGUUACCAUGACUACCUAAAGACGAUGGUAGAAAUCGACUUCUACUUUUCUAUUCCAGGUGAGUGGGAGAGUGCGUCCGGAGUGUCCAGUGUGCCAGUUCGAAGCGUCAUCAGACGCCGAGAGAGUACCACAACCCAACAGCCUGUACAGACGAUCGUAUGGUCCGAAACAGAGGAAUAUGAUUACCUUUAUUUCCAGGAGGGACUGCCAUCCGAUCUCACUGUCUUUCAGAUUCCCGAAGGUGUUUAUUGUACGAACAGACCGAAUGAUAAAACUAUACCGAUAGUCGCGGGCUAUUUCAGCUUCAAAGCGGAAGUGACCUUUAGCAAAGACAACGUAACGGGAAUACUAAACGAAUGGUAUGAUUACAAAACUCAGGUGGUCCGAGUGGAUUCUGAGAACAUUCCAAGUCCGUACAUUGUAACGGCGGGAACCCAGGACCCAAUACAGCAGAUUCAUGAUUUCUUCUCGGGUCUAAGCUAUAACAUCGAUGGAGUCACGGGGGAAUGUCACGUGACUCCAAUAUCACAGCAUGGUUUUGAUGUGCGGUACAUUGACCCUAAUCACGUGACCAUUAAAUCCCCGCAACAGUUCUUCGAUCUUGGAAACAAGAGCGCUCAGUACGUUGGACAGAGAACCGUCCGUGACAUUCCAUGUGAUGUUUGGGUGGCAACGAGAACAAACUACCCGCCGAACUCUAACGAAACAACAAUUUGGGAAUGGUAUUUUUCUCAUGGGAAUUGGAAAAUCAGCCAGGCAUCAGGAAAUCACAUACAACGACCACUGAAAAUAGUCAUUACGUUUACAAAGAAUAAUGCUAAAAUAAUAUAUAAUAUUUUCGACUUUGAAACAAAGAGGCCAGAAAUUUCUCCAUUCAAUGUACACCCGUGCUACAACGAGACCAACAUACGAUAUGUGAGGCUCAAUUUUACAGGUCCUCUACUACUGGUGUCGCCACAUCCACAACUUGUAAAACAGAGUGCCCAUGUGGCUCUUCAGAAAGUGAUGCGGGUGUCGAUGCUUCGUGUAAUAGGAAUACAGACUGUGUUUGAUAACUACGGACUAUACAUUGGCUUUGUUCUAUUUGGACCACCGGAAGUCGAUGGUAAUUGGAAAGGAAAAGUUAACAUCACCUCACUAGAAGAUGCCUUCAACAAUUUGAGAAAAAACACAAAUAGGGGUUCCUUUCAAUUUGCAGUAAAUGUAAUAGAAAAUAAUAUUAUACAGUCGGGUCAUUUUCAUGCCGUCCCAAAUUCAGUCCGAGUAGCAAUGAAAGAUGAGGAUGGCAAAAUCGUGGAUAUCAUCACUAAGAGUAGUACGCAACAAACGAUGACGUCAGAAACUACGACAACGAAACAAAGCACACAUCAUUCCCAUACAUACAGAACGCCACAUAAAGGACCAACACCGAAACCCUCAAUUUCAGUUCCAACAUCAGCAUCUGGAAACUCAACACCAUUGUCAUCACCUCAGCAUACAGCGCCAUCAUCUCAUACAGGCAUGAGUGGAGGUGCCGUGGCAGGUUUAUCAGUAGCUAUGGUUAUCGUCGGAGUGUUGAUAGGUGCAGCCGCAGCUAUAUUAUAUAUUCGUAGAAAAUAUCCGAGUGAUUUUGAGAUGUCAGAGUUUCGCUGAAUAAUUUCUUAUUAGAAAUAACUAAUACGGUUGAUUUUGAUUUUGAUUUGUACAUGAUUUAUAAUAAAAGAAUU